AUGGCCGCGCCUCGAGACACGAUCGAGAUGACGAUCGAUUGGGGAACGGGACACAGCACGAUUGCUUACGCCAUGUUCCGCGAUGGUGUCCGCGUGUCUGAUCCGACGACAGUCAUGAUCGAAGACGCCGGGUUUGAAGAGCCUGCAAUGGCUACGUGGCUGGAUGAUGGCACGUUUGUUCACGGCCAUGCACUCCAAGCGAUUGCGAACGACGAUGCCGACGUCUCCGACCGGAUCAUCACGCUUUUCAAGCUCCCACUCUCGAAUCGACCAGGCGCACGAGAAGUGACGGCCCGUGUGCAAGACGUUUUGGAGGAGCUUGGCAAGGAAUAUGAGCAAUUGCUCGAAGAUCAUCUGCGCGCGGUCGUUAGCGAUGGCAAGAAACACAUCAAGAUCAUGGAACGCAACCGUGGCGCUCACGUUCUGACGGUUCAGCAACUGGACGAGAUGCUCAAUGAGCUGCGCGUACGCAUCACCGUCCCGGACAGCUGGACGCCGAACGCCCGUUACCGCAUGCAAUCGGCCGCAAGCAACUCUGGACUUCGUCACGUGGUGCUUGCCUCGGAGUCCAAGGCCGUCAUUGCCUACCUAGUCGACAAAGCUGCGCACGAGAUCGUCAACCCUCUCAUCGCCGCUUUUAGGCAGGGCGAUAUCAUCAUCACCGCCGACAUUGGCUGUGGUACGGCGGAUUGUGUUGCCAACCAGCUGGAAGACGACAUCAGCCUCGACUGUCGCUUCCGUACGCUCGGCCACUCAAGUGGCGACAUUUGCGGCUCAGCCCAAGUCGACAGAGUCCUGCGCGAAUGGCUCUUGAGCAUCAAGGCCAAGGGCUGGGCAACACGAGCGGCAAAGAAGCUUGGUGUGACGCCGCGCGAUUUUGUCCGCCGGACCCUGGCUGCGCUUGCGAAGGUGAAGGAGGAAUUCAAGACAACCGACCUCUCUCGUGUGUGCAUAAUUCCGGGAAUGGAUAGCAAGUACGAGAGUUUCAGUGUGCCGCGCGAGGAGAUGCUCAAAGCCAUGGACCAUGUCAUCUCCGCCGUCAUCAUCCUCAUCAAUGGUCAGAUCAAGCCAGAUCAAUUUCCCCACGCCAUCAUCGUGACCGGCGGAUUCUCCGGGAGCGGUUACGCCAUGAAGAGACUGAAAGCAGAGUAUGAGCCUCGCGGUAUCAACGUCAUCAGACCAAGCGAUACGGACCAGACAGCUUGCUUCCCAGUGGCAAAAGGCGCCCUCUUGCGAUACAACAACAUCAUCGACCAGCACCUUCCGGAGAGAUAUGGAUACGCCAUUCUCCAGCGACAGAUCUUCGACCGUGCCAAUCCAGCCCACGCCGACUCAUGGACGGAAGACGAGAUGGUGGGAGGAGAGGUCGAAUACAUGCCUUGGGUGGAGAGAAGCCCCAUCGAUCCCAAUGUGGAUGUGGUCGACGAUCGCAUCCGUACGAUCAUUGCGCAAGGUGAGAUGAUGGCCAACGAGGUGAGGCACAUCAACAUGCACUUCCACAUUCCGGUGGAGCGCCCUCACAUCACGGCGGAAUUUGUGUGUCUCGGCAAGAGGUUCGCCGACUCUGCCGCUUCGCAGCGUCGCCUCCUGCCGAACGAGGGCUCCGCCGAGGAGUACACCAUGCACGACGAAGUGCACAAGUGGCGGGACGUGGACAUGGAGCUGCCGCAGGAGCAGCUGGACGCUCACCAUUUUGAUCAGGUGACCGCAGGAGACGGAGAGAUCUGCUAUAAGCUGAACGUUGUGGUGGUGAUUCGGAAGUCUGCUUCCGGCAUGGAGAUCGAGUUCAAUGUGCUGGUACCGCAGCAGGAGGCGAGGAUGAAGGUCGAAGACGAGAGCGACGAGGCUGUCUUCCGGGGAGAGGUGGCCUUUACGGUCAAGGAUGCUUCCGUUUGGGACGGCAAGCACUCUCCCUUCACCGAGGAUUGA